AUGGAAACUUUGAAAGCUUUGUUGAACCCGACUAGGAACACUCGUCCCUCGUGUAUCAGAGGCCGUGGUGGUGGUAGAGGCAGAGGAGGCAUCAAAGGAGGAGGUCGUGGUAGUGGUGGAAUGAAAGGUGGUAGUAAAGUGAUUGGGUACAAAGUCUGGAAUCCUUUUAGAUCAAAGCUUGCUGCUGUUGUACUUGGUGGUGUUGACAAUAUUUGGAUUGUACCGCCUGAGUUAGACCUAGAGGUGGUGCUAGUGGAAGAGGAGGAGGUAGAUGGAGUGCUAGUGGUGGUGGAGGAGAGGAGGGUAUCUAGAGAGUUGUCUUGCCAGAUACAUGAUGAAGCGAAAAAGUUCCCUUAUCAGACUAGUGUUAAAGUCGUUGUUGCAUAUGGUGGAGCACCGAUGCACAAGCAUGUGCAUUUGAUCUUAAGUAGUGAAUGUGGCUUUUUUAUUGAUUGUCCAUGGAUUGAGUCUAACAAUCCAUAA